AAAAGGGAAGACGGAUUUGUCUUUCCCAUGAUGCCGUGCAAAAACUACAAGAGAGGGUCGGUGUCAACAUACAACACUGAACCACAUUCAACUGUCAAAAUCUUACAAAUAAUCAGAGCGUACAUACUCAAGAAAUCUUCAGAUGAUUUCGCAAUGGUGAAACUAGUUCAAGCUAACAUAUUUAGACUACACAUUUCCCCGAGGCUUGAAGUUUCAGAGAUACAAUGGAUCUAAACGAGAGGCUCCCCUUGGUGCUACCAUGGCGUUGAUCCUCUUCUCGUUUGUGGUGCGGGUUCGAGACGGGUUGCCCCUCUCUGCCUCCACUGACUUCCAGCACAGCGCAGAGCUCCAACAGCGGAAACAACAACUCAGGCUCCUCUCAAAACAGCUGCACAGAUAUCCAGAGAGGGGCACACUCCAUGGAGAGGAACUGCACAUCUAUUUCCUGUCGAGUGGGGGCGUGGGCUACAUGGCCGUGUGUUCCUGUGAGCUUCCUGUGGCGUUAGCUUUCUGCUUCCUGCAAGACGUGCGUUGGGAGUUCUCCACCCGCUACCCCGACGCUACUGUUGCCAUAGCAACCAGGCCAUACCCCUUCCUGGAGUUCGACAGCAGCAUCCAGAAGUUGAAACAGCACUACAAUAAGAGCGGGUGUCCCUCUAUGGGGGUGACACUUGCGGAGGUGACGGAUGAGCUACGCAGCAGUCCCCCACACACCAUCACCCUCGACGACCUACAGUCUAGCAACGGGGCAGCCAAUGGCCAUGCAGAACAAGCAGCCGCCACCGGUCCUAGUCAACGUUUGGAGCCAGUGUCCGCUCCUGGUAUUCUCUCCCUGGUCCUCAACAUCAUGUGUGCAGCCCUCAACCUCAUAAGGGGAGUACACCUUAUGGAGUACACAUUACAGGAUGACUAUGAUGGCAUUUGGAAUGUAGUGGCCUUCCUGGUGGCCUUCCUCUGCUGCGUAUGCCAGUGCCAGCUCUACCUGUUCCACUGCUGUUAUAGGAGGCUAAAGGCGUCCGUGCUUCUCUGCAUUGUCGUCAUCUGCAACCUCUUCCUUUUUGGCCUUCGCAACCAAUGGCAACUCAGCUUCCAUGUGGGCGUGGCCAUUCUGUCCACCGCACUCACGGUCACACGCAGACUACAGGACAGGACAAAUGACUGCGGAGUGUAGGAGACGCCACUGUCCCCUUCAGACUGUCACACGAAGACUACCGGACAAAUGACAUGACUGUCCCCCGCAGAAUGGAGGACAUCAAUCUUACCCAUAUAAACUACAGGACAGGACGGAACAAGUGACUGGAGUAAAGAAGACAUUACUGUCACACAAAGACUACAAAUGAAUGUGGGGUAUAAAGGGACAAAUUAAUGAGUAGUAGCCACAAAUUACAGGACAGGACAAGACAAGAGGCAGUGGAGUAUAAGGGGCGCCACUGUCACCUGCAGAUUUCAGGACCGGAAAGGACAAACUGAUGUGUUUUAUAAGAGUCUGUCACUCUUCGACCACAAACUGCAGGACAGGACAAACCUCUUUGAGCUGUACAUUAAGAGCUCUCUCUGGUUAGCAGAUCGCAGGAUAGGACCAGUGGCUGUGGAACAGAUAUCUCUCAUCUGAAAAUGGAAGAUGUGGCCAAAUUGAGUGUGGAGAAGAGACAAAUGGUAUGAUUGAAGAUUGUGAAGACGUGGAAGGAUGGGCAGAUGAGUGGAUGGAGGUUUUCCUGCAUCUCUGGUGUGAAGACUUCACUUGGUUGUACUUUCAGGAUUACUCUGGAUAGGAAAUCAAUGUAAUCAGUGGGAUGGUCUUAAACAGGAGAGAGUGUGUGUGCGUGCAUCUGUGUGUCUGAGAAUAACAUAAAUGGUUUGCCAAAGUAUGGCACACACCUUGCCAAAAUAUCACAAGGAAUCAUCAUGCAGACUGGCAUCAUGUAAAGGCUGUGUAUCUCACGCCAGUGCAUUCUGCAUUGAGGUGCGACGCCAUGGCAAGUUAAGUCGUGGUCCUCAACGCCACGGUAAAGCACUUUUGUAAUGUGACGAGGUUUGCACAGUUUUCCCGUCAUGUCAGCAGAUUUCUGUUGCCAUGGCGAAUUUCUGUUGCUAAACGCAAAAAUGCUCUGCUGUGUGCCCUGACCAAAUCCAUGCCUAACCCUAAUGUGUCAGUAAAGCAAUGUUUCUGCUACUUUUGCUAAGAACAGUGAAAUAAGCAAGGAAUCUGGAAGUUUGUUGCAAAAUUGUGCCCAGACCAAAACCAACGCUAAACCUAACCUGUCUCAGGGCGUUAUGUAGCACGAGUCAACCUGCAAAGGCGUCGUGCACAAAGGUGAUGGACGGUUCAAAUCGGCGUGUUAUCUUUCUUACUUUUAUGAUGCCAUGUUGCAUCAUGAGAUCAGUGGUAAUUAUGCAUGAGCACUGAUGCUGCACUCAUCUGUUCUCUCAUCUGCAUUUCAACAUAUAGCAGAGCUCUCACACACAACUUCCCACGCAAGGUAUGUUAGCAUUUAACACAAACCCUACACCGUGUCAAUGUGGUAUAAUCCUGUAGAAGACCUCUACACACACUUUACACACACACAUUACAGACAUAUUGUCUCUAAUGUGGCACACACACACACACACACACACACACACACACACACACACACACACACACACACACACACACACACACACACACACACACACACACUCUCAGUUGCACAUACAGUAUCUUUCAGAUCACUGACAGACAUGUCAUCUUAAAAAGGAAUGCUCUGUGAGGUAACAGACAUUGUAGUCUUUGAAUAUGAAGCUCUGGUUAAGGUGAAGGUUCUCUGUGGAGGUUCAGAAGCAUUGCGUCCAGUCAGUCUCAUUUUACACUGACGCAUCCGUAAAUCCACUUGGUAACAUGCCAAUAUGUUUAAUACAGUAGGUUUGCAGGGUUUUGGACUGAAAAGACAUAAAUUACCGGGUAGAAGUACUUGAUUUGCACUAGGAUUUUUUUCUUUCCUUCUUUUAAUUUAUUGACUUUUGUUUACUCAAAAUGCAUUUGUUUUGUUGUUCAAGUCUUAAUUUGUGUGAUACUGGUGUGUAAGUAACUACAUACUUUACAUGCAGUGAUGAUGGUAAUUAGGUUAUGUUGGUUGCAUUUUUUUGUAUCAUGGUUUUAGCUAUUUUAGGACACAAGAGGUCCUUAGUUGAUUUUUUAAAUUAUGCUAUUCUGGAAGUUGUCGCAGGUCUUGAGUUUGCAAGAGGUCGUAAUUUGACGUAAAUUAUGUAGCCUAAUUUUGCAAGUUGUCACAGGUCUUAAGUUUGCAAGGGGUCCUAAUUUGACUUAUAUUGUGUAAUUCCACCAAUGUUUGUGGCCGAUAUAAGCUAACGUUUAGAAUAGCUUUUUGCACUUGGUAGUCGUUGUUUACAAAAUCUAGAUAUCAGUCUCUAAUAUAGAGUGUGGUAAAUUUUGUAAUUGUAAUUGAGAAGUCAGAGUUGGUUUCUAAACUGAACAGCUCCAUUAUCUCUGUGUUCAGUACUCUUAUGAUGUCACAACCAUAGACAUCGCAUACGUAGUAAUACUUGUUCAUAUUUGGGGACAAAUUAUGAUACUGACUCAAAAAUAACUUUUCUAAUGGACAGUUUUUUUUAAUAAUGAGAUGUAACUGACAAGGAAGGAGUUGUGAAUGUACUGCUUGAGAAUUAUCAAUCCUGAAUAUAUACUAGAGGGGAUGGGACAUUUCCAGGAGAAUGGUGUAGUGACUUUACAUCACAACAGGGGUGUAAAGAAGAAAUUGACCAAAAGUACUGUUCUGCAUUAAAGACAUGGAGUUGAUUUGAACAAGUUUAAUGUUUAAUAGAAGGAAUGUUGCACUGAAGUUAAUGGAGUCGUGAUUGUGAGGAACUGGCACCCUCAAAAUUCAACAUGAUGUUUAAAGAGAUCACAUUUGAGAACAGAAAAUUGUGCAGGGUAUUUGAAAGCAAAAACUGUGCUAUUGAAUUCAAGGAUAUUUUCUUAUACUAGAUGUUUGUUUGGCAGUUUGUACUUACUUCACAACCAGGCUGCGUUUACGUGCACUGAAGGAAUGCCUUCACGUAUUUUUUCCAUAUUUACCAUUUUAAUGUCAUUGCCAUACUAACUAAAGGGAAGGACGAGUACCGGUACUGUACCACUCACUCAUGUGCCCUGCUGCCUGCAUUGAUCUGAAUACUGCUAUAACACACUCAUACACAGCUUAUCGUGUGGGUGUUUGUAAUAUUAUUAUUAUCAUUAUUAUUAAUCAUAAUAAUAAUUUCUUAGUGUGAGAGUGCUGAGGGGUAAAAUGAUGACCACAAUUUGCAGUGUUACAUCAGCGCUCUCACAUAUUGCUGUAAUGCACACCAUCAUUAUUUCCUAUCCUGCCACAUGUCUCUAAUGUAUACAACAGGUGCAGUCCAUUAUCCAAACUCCCGUCCUUGAUUUGUGCUUGUGGCCUCGCGCUUCACUGACGCUUCGCCUCUGUGGAGAAAAGAAUAAAGUUUCCCUGCUGUCGGCUUAGACACAAAAACUUUUGGAGGACUUUUCCCUUUUCAACAUCCUGAAUGCAAACCUUUGCGGUUUUGCAAAACAUUUCAUUAAACUACUAUCAUCAAGGAGGUCUUUUGACAUCAUCACAAGGCCACAAGCAUGAGGGAGGACAGGAGUUUGGGUAAAGGAAUGGACCCAGGGUGGCCUGGCAAAUGUAUACACUUCAAAUAAUUGGUGUUUGCAGUCACUUUCAAUGACUGCUCUCAAUUUAGCCGAACUCAUGGCGUAGACACAUCAGACGUCUGAUGAAAUAAUGAAUAUGCUCUAUUACAUUUAGACAGUUAAAUUAAAUACACGGAAAUGCUUGCCAUACAAUUAUUUAAAGUGUACAUUUCCCUCCCUGUGGGCAGUUUUGCAUGAGGCUUUUGGUACAGUUUGGUACAGCUGCUUAUGUGAUGCUGCUUUUAGCUAAAGAUCUUCAGUUACAGCUUGGUGAUUGUAUGUUUUUAAAGCGGAAUGAAGAACUGCUUUUGUAUCAGACGUCAGCCAUUUUUACAAAGAUGUAAAACCUCUUGUUUCCUCUGCAUUAUAUUAGAAGUAAGGUGUUCAUUUCUCAUUGUACACAAGGAUGGAUUGCUACAUGGGCCUACCAGGCCCAACAGGCCAGUCAUGGGGGCCCUGAAGGCCACACUUCUAUAUAUCCUUUUUCAAUUUGCAUUAAAAUAACAUUUUUAACAACCCUUUUAAAAUCUUCUAAAUUUCUCGGCGGACAUACCCCAAACAACCUAACAUCUAUAACAUCUGGCCUAAAACCCUGAAUCUUUUUCUGGAGUAGCAACACCCAUGGAGAGGGCCCUUAUCUGGCCCAGGGGCCCAUGGAAUCACAAUCCGUCCCUGGUUCAUCGCUUCUUAAAUCCUUACAUAUCACACAUCCCUUCCUAGUACGUCUUAAUAUGUUUUAUAACUUUGAUGAUGAGCUCUGGUUUUUUUCACUUUCAGAUGAUGAGCUCUAUUUUUCCACUUUUAGAUACCCAUUGUGAGGACAUCGAAUAGUAGGCCUAUACAACUUAAAUAAUAAUGCCAAAACAACUAGAUCAUUGAGGUAGAUGUUGUGUGUGCUGCUGACCCACACACCGCCUUACUACCUGCAGCACCUGUGGAUGGAUAAUAAGUAGGCCUUUAUAAAGUAAAGUAAAACCUUAAAUUAUUAUAUAUCAUAAUGAUAAUAGGUAGUAGUUUUGAAAUGGCUGUUGGUCUGUGACAUCGGAGUGUAUCAAAUGGAUCAAAUUGUACCAAAUCAUUGUUUUAAGCUAUUUAACCCAGAGUCAGAUCAUAGUUUAUGAGUCAAGACUUGAAUAGAACCAUUUUUGUGAGGUAAAUUACUCCCACCCCUCAUAGUAGGACAUUCUAGUCCUCAAUAAUAGGAAUAUGGGUAUGGACAACAGGAUGAUAUUAUAAUGGAAAGUAGGAUAUUCUAGUUCCCAGGUUAAUGAGUUAGGACAUUAUGGACAAUCCGUACAGAAACACGUUCCGUUUUUUUGCUUUGGAUUCAUGUUGUCAGAUGGAUUGAAUGUUAGAAUCUCUUGGUAAAUUGUGACCAAAUAACUCAUUUGAAAUGAUCAAAAUAUCAAAACAUGCUUUUUUAAUAAAUGAAACAAAAUUGAAAACUGACCGUGAAGACUAGAAUUUAUAGAUGUGUUAGUAUUUAUGCAAUUUUGUAUUGGGGUGUAAUUGUAGAAUAUCACGUCAGUAAAAGCAAUGCAAUAUAACAGUAUGGAACUGUAUGUGGAUAUGCUAUAAUGUUUUGACAUCAAGUGCUCACGUCAAUCCCAAGGUGUUUUAUGCUUGCUGUGAGGGUUGAGAAUGAUGGUGCGUUCCAAUAUCCAUACUUGCGCACAGUCCGCAUUGUGUUUGGGUAGGGCACGUGUUCCAUUUCUAAUCACGGCAAAAUCAAGUGUACUGCAAGUACCCAGAUGAAGCCUUCAAAAUGGCCAUUUUAAGUGUGAAGUGAAGUACACUUUUUUCAGACUCAACGGCCACCAUGUUUGUUACAUAGUUGACUGUAAGAUCUGUCAAACUGGUGAUUCUCCGUAAUAACAGCACAGUUUUGAUUCAAAUGGCAGUCGCCAUGUGUAAGAGUGAGGGUGAACCAACGAAAAUGGUCAACACAAGGAACAGUGUUUUCCGUGAUGAAUUGUAUUUUGUCGUUUGGUAGUCUGACACACGGCAACCAUCAUUUCCGUUAAGUGUCACAGACAGAAGGUGAUUUGGAACAUCACCUUAACAUUUUACCUACUCUGAGGGUGGAAAGUGCACUCAACCUUAGUACACAGUGCACAGCGCACAGUGCGGAGUUUGGAACACACCAUGUAACUCUGCCUGGUAACCAGUAUGGGCUGCUGUCCACUAGAAAAUAUGAGUUAUUGUGGUGUUGAAACGUACUUAUUAAAAUAUAAUGCUUUUU